AUUUACUGCUUCUUAUUGAUUGUCGCGCAAUUUACAAAUUGCAUCAAAGGCAAGAUGUCUCGUGCUUCCAAAUUGACACUGGCCGCGACUGGUCUCGGUACGGCGGGGAUCAUCUACUUUGUGCACUGGGCACAAGAACAAGAGAAAAUUGGCAUGCACAAGGCGGUUGAGCUAGACAUGGAGAAACAGCGUAUCCGCAGGGAACGACAGGCCGAGUUCGAGAUGCAAAGGGCGUUGGAAGAAGAGUACCGGAAGCUACAGAAGGUCUCGCCCAGCGUUGACGAGCCAAGUGGAGGGAAGUCGAAUCAAGGACAAACAUCAUGAUACACGCCCGAGCGGUUCUUUACGAUUCAUAGACUUUGUCUGGUAUGUUCGUGCCCUUGGUGUUUAGAGAUGAACCCUUCUUAAGGAGAG